AUGCUAUUUUCCUGGCUUUUUAUUUCCUGGUUUUUACAGAUGCCAACUCUUAUCUGGGACAUUGCAACCUCUUCCUGCCUAGAAGAAACGAAACACCAUUUAUACCAAGAUGGAUCUGCGAUAAUUGGUGCAUUUUUCCCUAUUUUUCAUUUAGACCCACUGAAAGAAACAAGAAAUUGGGAAACACCUUUUGACAUAGAAAAUGAAUUAAAGGUCAAAGUACAGAACUACCAGCUUGUUUUGGCCAUGUUAUUUGCCAUCAAUGAGAUCAACUGGAACUCCGACAUUUUACCAAACACCUCUCUUGGACUUGAGAUUUAUACUCUGCCACAUUAUGAAAGGAAUAUUCUGAGGAAUAUAUUCCACUGGCUCACUGGCUUGAACACCUUCAUUCCUAAUUUCAGCUGUAGACAACAGAGCAAAUUAGCUGCAGCACUUACGGGAGUAUCAUGGGAAACAUCUGAAAAUAUUGCAAGACUACUGAAUCUUUACAAAUUUCCGCAGCUUACUUUUGGACCUUUUAAUCAUGUUCUGACUGACAGAAGUCAAUUUCCUUCUCUGUAUCAGGUGGCCCCCAAUGGAGCAUCUCUAUUUUGUGCUAUUGUCUCUUUGAUGCUUUAUUUCAACUGGACCUGGGUGGGACUGCUCACCACAGAUGACCACAGUGGUGUUCAGUUUAUAUCAGACUUGACAAAGGAGCUGGACAAGAAUAAAAUCUGUAUGGCUUUUGUGAGGACAGUAUUUUUGCUAGGGGAAGAAAUAUAUAAUGUGUCACAUGAUUUUUGGGUGAAUAUUCUGGAGUCAUCAGCAAAAGUGAUCAUAAUUUAUACAGACAUUACUUUUAUAUUUUUUGAAACAGAAAAUAUCUACAGAAAGUUCACACUGGGAAAAGUUUGGAUCACAACCUCAAAAUUGCUAGGCUCAAAAUAUUCAAAAUACAAUAUGUUAAGUUUAUCCCACGGUAUUCUCACUUUUUCACCUCAUCAUGGGGAGAUUCUUGGUUUCACAAAAUUUAUACAGGAAGCUACACCCAUCAAGUACCCAGAUGACAGUUUUCUUCAUUUUGUGUGGAGUUUGAGUUUCAACUGCCCACUUUCUGAUUGUAAAAUCCUGGAAAACUGUAUGCCCAAUGCCUCUUUGGAAUUGUUGCCAGGGAAAAUAUUUGACAUGGUCAUAUCUGAAGAGAGUUACAAUGUAUACAAUGCUGUGUAUACCAUUGCCAACAGUCUCCAUGAGAUGAUUCUCAAUCAGUGCCAAAUUCAACCACAGGCAAACAAAAAUAGGAAUACCUAUUUCCCCUGGCAGCUUCACCCUUUUCUGAAGAACAUUCAAGUGAUAAAUUCUGCUGGUGAUCAUGUUGUCCUGGACUGGAAAAGGAAGACAGAUCCAGAGUAUGAUAUUACCAACCUAUGGAAUUUGCCAACAGGUCUUUCAGUCUUUGUGAAUGUGGGUAGAUAUUCUCCAAGUUCUCCCCAGGGUCAACGGCUGUCAUUAUCAGAAUAUAUGAUUCAAUGGCCCAUAGAAUUUACAGAGAUCCCUCAGUCUGUCUGCAGUGAGAGCUGCACUCCUGGAUUUAGGAAAAUCAUCCAGGAGGGCAAGCUUACCUGUUGCUUUGACUGCAUUCCUUGCCAAGAGAAUGAGAUUUCCAAUGAGACAGAUAUGAACCAGUGCAUGAAGUGUCCAGAAACUCAUUAUGCAAAUGCAGAAAAGAGACAGUGCCUCAAGAAAACUGUAACAUUUCUGUCCUAUGAUGAUCCCUUGGGGAUGGGACUCACAAUCAUAUCUAUGGGAUUCUCUGCACUCACAGCUCUUAUUAUUGGGGUCUUUGUAAACUACAGAGAUACUGCAAUUGUAAAGGCCAAUAAUAGAUCUCUCAGUUACAUCCUGCUCAUCACUCUCACACACUGUUUCCUCUGUCCUUUGUUCUUCAUUGGACUUCCAAACACAGUUACAUGUAUCCUGCAGGAGAAUCUACUUAGACUUCUCUUCACCAUAGCUUUAUCCUGUGUGUUGGCCAAAAGCAUCACUGUUGUCAUGGCCUUUCAGAUUACUGCUCCAAGAAGAAAGACAAGAUGGUUGCUAUUUUUAAGGGCCCCAAAUUUGGUCAUUCCAGUUUGCCUCCUGGUACAAGUGAUUUUCACUAGUAUAUGGCUGGGUACAUCUCCUCCAUUUGUUGAGAUGGAUGUUCAAUCUGAACAUGGAUAUAUCAUCAUUCUAUGCAACAAGGGUUCAGGUCUUGCCUUCCAUGGCACUCUGGCCUACUUGGGUGUCAUGGCUAUUGCUAGCUACAUCAUGGCUUUUUUGUCCAGGAAUCUGCCUGACAUAUUUAAUGAGGCUAAAUUUCUGGCUUUCAGCAUGCUGGUGUUCUGCAGUGUUUGGGUCACCUUCCUCCCUGUCUACCACAGCACCACAGGGAAGACUACAGUGGUUAUGGAAAUUUUCUCUAUCUUAGCUUCCAGUGCAAGCAUUCUAAGCCUAAUCUUUGCUCCAAAGUGCUAUGUUAUUUUGUUUAGAUCAGAGAAAAACACACUUCAUCAAAUCAGGAAUAAAGGACAUCAUAGGAGCAAAAUUCUAUUUAAGAUAUAG